AUGGAUUGCCACCUUCACAGUCCCGCCCCGGUGGCCAGACCGCCGCCGGUGUAUUCCCCGGAAAAGUCGGCAUACCUGAACUACGUCACUUCCGAAUCCUCGACACCCGAACAUACCUUCGCCUCGCUUUCAUCUUUCCCAAGCCAUCACAAGGCCAUAAAGUUCGGCCGAGGAAGGUACUCCGAUAUAGAGCUGGUACCCCAGCCGAGCGAUGACCCGCGUGAUCCCUUGAACUGGUCGCAGUUGAGGAAAAACCUGAGCCUGGCUCCUCUUCUCAUCAUCGUUGGACUCGUCGGCGCUAUGAAGACGGCAUUUGUCACGACAGGCGGAGCCAUGGCCGCCCACUAUCGCGUGUCCUACACGGCCAUCGCCGCACUGACGGCCGUUCCCGUCAUCAUCGCUUCCUUGACCGGCUUCCUGAGCUCGGUGGCUGCGAAGCUAUGGGGCAAGAGACCGGUGUACAUGGCUUCGACGGUGCUGCUCGUCAUCGGUUCCAUCUGGAACUGUACGGCUACCAACAGCUAUUCCUCGUGCAUGGGAGCUCGCGCCCUCCAAGGCCUUGGCUGGGGUGCCUUCGACACCUUGGUCAUGGCCUCGAUCCGAGACAUGUACUAUGAGCACGAGCGAAACAUGCCCAUGUCUGUCUACAACAUAGUUUCCAUCACCACGACCUGGGGCUUCCCUCUUAUUGGAGGCGUUGCUUCACGCAACACCACGUCUUUUACUGUCCAGUUCAUCAUCAUCAGCGCCUUCUUCCUGCCCGCCAUUCCGCUUUUCGCCCUCUGCGCCUCGGAGACAGCCUUUGACAGGUCUAUGGCCGUAACACCUCCUCCACCUGCCCCUGGAUUCGGCGGCGGUCCACCCUGGCGCCCCUGGCGCUUCCGUCACAGGUUCAACAGGGAAACCAUCGCUCAGUAUGUCAGAGACAACGUGAGACCGUUCUCUUUUGCCGGUCCUAAGACGCUGCCGACGCUACUACAAACCCCGCGCGCCCUCUUCGCCCCCACCACCUGCCUCCUCUUCCUCCUGUCUUCCAUCUCUCAUGGAACGCUCUGGGGACUGUCCAUGUCGAAUGCUCUUCUUGUCACCCCCCUCCCCCUUGCUCUGGAUGCUGCCAAUAUCGGAACGCUCAUGACAGGCCCUUGGAUGGUUGGUGCAGCUGUUGUUGGUGGCUUCUGCUUCUACAACGUGUACUUCCACAAGUUCACUGGCAAGGUCACUUACGCCAUUGUCGCUGCCGGCACUUUUCUCGUUCUCAUCGGCCUGCUCACAUUCGGCCUCGGACUCGACAACUUCAUGACGCACCAGGCUUCAAGUCCGAAUCGCUUCUUCAUAUCCGAAGCUGCGAGCCAGAUCAGCCUCCCUCUGCUCUCCCUUCAGCUGGGCACUCUUGCGGGCGGCUUGUACACAUUCGAUGCUGCAAUCCGACCGCUGCUCGCCCGCUCGGCAUCGUUUACCUCAUCCAGCAUCGCCGUCGCACAACGCAGCAUUGGGGACAUGCACGCCGGUGUCGUCGUCUUGCGCGGUAUCGCCGCCGGCAUCUUUAUUUUGUGCAUGCCCACUGCCAUUGCCCAAGCUGGCGGGCUCAAGGCAGCCACGCUCGCGCUUGCCAUUGCGCAGGUUCUGAUUGCCGCUGCCGCCGUCUGUCUAUGGCGAUUCUGCGACGAGACAAUCUGGAGAGCCGAUGGCAAGGCGAUGGGCCUGGUGGAUUUGCGCUUGUUGAAGCAGAGCACCAGUUUCUUUGAUCACGAUUGA